AUGUCCGGAUUGGAGGCGACAAGAGAGUUGCGUAGGUUGGAGUCGCUUGGUCAAAUACCACCGCAACGUAUAAUCGCAUUGACUGGGAAUGCACGAAAAGAACAGUUGGAGAAUGCAAUCAAUGCUGGAAUGGACGAAGUUAUGACCAAACCAUAUCGACUACCAGAAUUAUUGGAGCGUAUUCGGGCCCGUCGAGCCUAA